GUCGGUUGCAUGAGGGCGUUUGAGAAUGGCAUAUACCUUGUUUCAGCUUAUUGUCUCUAUGGUUCGUGCACGUUCUGCUUCUUGGUGGAUUGAACUUUAGGGUUUUCUCUUGCUCCUUUAUUUUAUUUGCCUUUAGUUUUCUCUUGGACACUUUGUUUUUUAUGUGUUCCUCGACUUGUGGGUUUUUUUUCUUCUAAUUGGUUUGUUUGUUUUCCUUUUGAGUGUCUUUUUAUUAUGGUUAUGUUUGUUUCAUUUGUGCACUGUUUAUUUAGGUGGUUUGUUUGCGAUGGUGCCUUGAUCCCAGCUGUGUGGGAUCACUCUUAUUAUUAUAUAAUUAUAUUACUUAUUAAAAAUAUAUAGAGAGAGAGAGAGAGGAACGUGUACGGGUUUGUUUUAUUUUAUUUUCUUUUACUUUUAAAGAAAAAUAUAAUAAAGGGUGUUAAUAGUGAAAUCGUGUCAAGAUAUUUUCGCUUGAAUUAUUCAUUUGAGAAAGCCUCCCAUCAGUAAUUGGUAUGGCAGUCUCAGCUCCCUUCGUCUUCUCAUUUUGGUCCGUAGAUUAUUCCAACGGAGACAAACAAACUUCAACCGCCGUUCUUUUGAUCUUCGUCUUUGUUUUUGCUCUGUUAUGGCUCCGACCCAAAUUCCGGCGUCCCUCUUUGCCUCCAGGCCCCCGUGGCCUGCCGCUGGUCGGAUACCUUCCAUUUUUAUCCGGAAAUCUUCACCACACCUUCGCCGAUUUGGCCCAAAUCUACGGCCCAAUUUUCAAGCUCCGCCUUGGAACCAAGCUCUGCGUCGUUCUCAGCUCCCCUUCCUCUGUCAAUGAAGCCCUCCACCACCAAGAAACCGUCUUGGACAACCGAGAUUCCACCAUCAGCGCUCUUCUUGCCACCUACGGCGGAGCCGAUAUUCUGUUCAGCCAGGACGAAGGCGAUUGGAAAAAGCUGAGAAAAAUCUUCACCCGCAAAAUGCUUAGCAAAUCAAAUCUGGAUGCGUCCUAUUCUUUGCGAAGAAAAGAAGUGAGAAAAGUGAUUAAAGGUGCGUUCGAAUCGGCCGGAAGCCCAAUUAAUAUCGGCAAACUGGGUUUCUUCGCGACUGUGAAAUCGGUUAUGGCCAUGACGUGGGGCGGCUCUGGGGGGCUGAUCGGAAUGGAUGAGGCUGAUUUGGAAGCUAAGUUCAGGGAAGUGGUGGAUGAACUGAUGAUAUUGGUUGGAACUCCGAAUUUGUCGGAUCUUUUUCCGGUGUUGGGUCGGUUUGAUUUGCAGGGAAUUGCGAGGAAGAUGAAGAAGGUGAUGAAUGUUUUUUAUGAGAUUCUGAAUUCUGCCAUUGAAGAACAGAGGAAGAUGGGAGGACAUGGGGUGGAAAGGAGAGGAUUUUUGCAGUGUCUGUUGGAGUUCAAGGACAGCGAGGAUAGUUCAGAGUCCAUUACUGAUAACCAACUUAAGGGCUUGCUUAUGGACAUCAUCAUUGGAGGAACAGACACGACAGCUACUACGAUCGAAUGGGCAAUAGCAGAGCUGAUGCAACAACCAAACACAAUGAAGAAAGUCGUAGAAGAAUUAACAAAAGUUGUGGGAUUAAACCAAAUGGUAGAAGAUUUUCACUUAUCUAAAUUACACUAUUUAGAUGCAGUGGUUAAAGAGACACUUCGUUUACACCCACCCUUAUCUCUUUUAGUGCCACGUACAGCUACCCAAACAAUCAUCCUUGGAGGGUACACUAUCCCAAAGAACUCAGCUAUCUACUUUAACAUUUGGGCCAUCCAAAGAGACCCUAAAGUUUGGGACAACCCGUUAAACUUUUGGCCUGAGAGAUUCUUGAAUGAAUUUACUAGAAACGCUUAUGAUUUCACUGGCAAUAACAUAAAGUUUUGUCCAUUUGGGUCAGGUAAAAAGGUAUGUGCAGGGAUUCCUUUAGCUGAGAGGUUGUUGGUUUUAAUAUUAGCAUCAUUGUUGCAUGCUUUUGAGUGGGAAUUGCCUGAAGGUUCAAAGCUUGAUUCGGAAGAGACGUUUGGAAUUGUCACCAGGAAGUUGAACCCCUUGGUUGCUAUUCCUAUACCAAGGCUUUCCAACUUGGAGCUUUAUAAUAUAAUGUAGAUUUGUACUAAAUAAUUUCGAAUAUGGCUACAUUUUACUAGUCAAAUCAAGGAAUAUUAUCUAUGUUUGAAAUAUAAUGAAUGAGGUAAAUUAAGUUUUGUUUUU